AUGGCUUACCAAAUUAAUCUUUCCCUGAUCUUAGUGCUGACAAUAGUGUCAGUUUGUUUGCCAUGGCCUUCCCUAAGUGUUGAUCCGACUCCGUUGCAGGACUUCUGCAUUCCGGAUUUGGAAUCCAAAUCCCCAAUAAUUAAUGGGUUUCCUUGCAAAAAACCCGCCGAUGCAUCUUCGAAAGAUUUCUUCUUCGAAGGGCUGACGAAAAGAGGAAACGAAUUCGAUACCCUAAAUGUGAACCUAACUCAAGUCGAUGUCUUUGCAUUUCCAGCACUGAAUACACUGGGAAUGUCGAUGAAUCGGGUGGAGUUUCUUCCCGGAGGAUUAAACCCGCCCCACACCCAUCCUCGGGCGACGGAAUUAUCACUGGUGGUGGAGGGAAAACUGUUGGCGGGUUGGGUAUCCACGGAAUACAUAUUGUACUGGAAAGUGGUGUCUGCCGGGGAGCUGUUUGUGAUUCCUCCAGGAAUGGUUCAUUUUCAGCUGAAUGUUGGAGAAGGAAGGGCUCAAUUCUAUGCCUCUUUCAACAGUCAGAAUCCAGGCAUCUCUAAGAUGGCUCCAACUCUUUUUGACUCCAUUCCUCUCAUCCCUGAUGAUGUCUUGUCUACGGCUUUCAAUCUCAAUGAUUCUGUUAUUCAACUCAUCAAGUCCAAGGUUGCCCACCUGGGAAGAUAA